AACACGCGACCGCAUUGUUUUGCGUUGGUUCUCCACUCGUUGCGGUUUCGGAUCGGAUAACACGUGAAAAUCGGUGGAAAUUAGUUUUAAAAGUUUACAGAACACGUUAAUUGCUAGUGCUUGAUUGAAAAUGGUGAAGAAAAAGAUCGACAAUCGCAUCCGUGUGAUGAUAGAGAACGGCGUGAAGCUGGGUCACCGAACGAUGUUCGUCGUGGUCGGCGACAAGGGCAGAGAUCAAGUCCCAAUUCUGUACGAUAUGCUUACGAAGGCUUCGGUCAAAGCCCGGCCUACGGUGUUGUGGUGCUACAAAAAUAAGGACGAAGCUAUUUCCAAUCAUGGAAAGAAACGUGCGAAAAAGAUCCAAGCUGGAAAGAUCGACAUCAAUGAGUCGGACCUGUUCGACACAUUUCGUGUCUCGACCACUAUUCAUGGCAGAUAUUACAAGGACACGCAUACGAUUCUUGGAAAGACCUACGGCGUUUGCGUCCUGCAGGAUUUUGAAGCCUUGACUCCAAAUUUACUUGCCCGCACGAUCGAAACAGUCGAAGGAGGAGGAUUGAUUAUCCUCUUGCUGAAAACCAUCAACUCCUUGAAACAGCUCUACACGAUGAGUAUGGAUGUCCAUAAACGGUACCGAACGGAAGCACAUCAGGACGUAACGUGUCGCUUUAACGAGAGGCUUAUUCUUUCUUUGGCAGACUGCUCUCGCUGCCUUUUAGUCAACGACGAUCUGACCGUCUUGCCACUGUCUUCCAAAACUGCCGAAGUUAAGCCUGUUGAAGUUGGAAUGAUUCGAAAAAGCGCCAACGAUGAAAUGCUCGAAGAACUUAAGGAGAGCCUCUCCGAUGCUCCUCCGGCUGGCCCACUCGUAAAUCUAUGUAAAACUCACGAUCAGGCCAAAGCAGUUGCCCAAUUCAUCGACGCCUUGGCUGAGAAGCAACUCAAACCACCAACUUCCUUAACCGCGGGUAGAGGUCGCGGUAAAUCUGCCGCCAUGGGCUUGGCCAUUUCUGCCGCCAUAGCUUUCGGAUAUGUCAACGUUUACGUCACGUCGCCAUCGCCGGAAAAUUUGAUCACACUUUUCGAAUUCAUAAUGAAGGGAUUUGACGCUCUGGAGUAUCAGGAGCACACUGACUACACCAUCAUCAGGUCCACCAAUCCGGAUUUCAACAAAGCCAUAAUUCGUAUCAACAUUACCCGGAACAAUCGCCAAACUAUUCAAUACAUCUCACCAUCCGAUGCGCAUCUUCUGAACGCCGCUGAUCUGUUAAUCAUUGACGAAGCAGCCGCCAUUCCUCUGCCACUCGUGAAAGCGAUGCUUGGGCCUUAUCUGGUCUUUAUGGCAUCGACCAUCAACGGGUACGAAGGAACCGGUCGCUCCCUGAGCUUGAAACUAUUGUCACAGAUUCAGAAGGACAAUAAUGCUCCCCCACCGAUAAAACUCGAGGAAUCAAUCCGUUACAAUCCGCACGAUGCCGUGGAAUCGUGGCUCACGUCGCUACUCUGCCUCGAUGCAACAGUCGUUCCCAAUCUCAACUCUGGAUGCCCCACACCGGAAGCGUGUGAAUUGUAUUACAUUGACCGUGACGCGCUGUUUUCGUACCACCGGGCAGCGGAAGCAUUUCUGCAACGCGUAGUGUCCAUUUGCGUCUCGUCGCACUACAAGAACAGCCCGAAUGAUUUGCAGAUGAUGAGUGACGCCCCCGCUCAUCACCUUUUCUGUCUGCUGGGGCCGAUAACGAAGAAAGAUCAACUUCCGGAGAUUCUGGUAGUGAUUCAGGUUUGCUUGGAGGGGCAAAUAUCGUCACAGUCGAUCCAGAACUCGUUGGCUCGCGGGAUGAAGAGCGCCGGGGAUUUGAUUCCGUGGAACAUAGCCGAACAGUAUGGCGAUCAACAAUUUCCCAAGCUCAGCGGUGCGAGAAUUGUUCGGAUUGCGACGCAUCCCAAUUAUCAACGGAUGGGUUACGGCAAAAGAGCAUUGAAAUUGCUCCGAAACUACUAUGAAGGUAAUUUCACAUCAUUGACCAACGACCAGGAGGAUGACGAAAUGGACAACGGAAUCCAAACGAUCGAUGACGAUGACGUUGGUCUCUUGAAAGAGGUUAUUGAACCUCGCAAAAAAGUUCCCACACUGCUGAAACGUUUAUCCGAGCGAAGACCGGAGCACUUGGAUUACCUUGGAACAUCCUUUGGCUUGACGAAUGAUUUGCUGCGCUUUUGGAAGAGUCAGAAGUUUGUUCCGGUAUAUCUGAGCCAGAAGGAAAAUGAUUUGACAGGGGAGCAUUCUUGCAUUAUGUUGUCACCUAUCAGUACCAGCUUGGAAAAGGUGGAAACCAGUGACUGGUUGAAAGAAUAUUUCGUUGAUUUUCGAAGACGAAUUCUGAAAUUGCUUGGAAAAGCAUUCAACAAGUUUGGCACAGGGAUGUCCCUUUCGCUACUUGAUAACCGUGCGGUAAAAAUCGAAGGGAAAGACCUUACUCAGAAAACAAUCGACGAAUACUUUUUGCCCCACGAUAUCCAACGGUUAGAAAUGUACGCUCGCAAUCAGGUCGAGUACAAGCUGAUUAUGGAUCUUACUUCGGACUUGGCGCUUCUCUACUUCCAGUCAAAGAUGUCAAGUGCCCAAAUUGAUUCGCUCCAAAAAGCCAUCCUACUGGGAACCGGACUUCAGCACAAAACAAUCGAAAAAUUGGCGGAAGAGUUCAACAUGCCGAACAAUCAGGUGCUUGCCAAGUUCUACGAUUGCUUGAAAAAGCUCACGAAAUAUGUUGAUUCCAUACUGGAGCGUACAAUUGAGAGCACCAUGGUGAAGGAAAGUCAACUGGACACGGGCGAACAUCUGGUGGCGCUUGAUAAAUCUAUCAAUGAGGAUCUGGCAGAUGACGUCCGGAAACUGGAGAAAAAGCAGAAAAAGGAGUUGGCUCGGUUGAAGAAGGAAAACCUCGAUCAGUACGUCAUCAAAGGAACGGACGAUGAGUGGAAAAACGCACUGUCGAAAAACAAGUCUUCUAUAGUGUCAAUUAAAAGCGGUGAGAAGCGCCUCGGAGAGACCAAUGAUACGUCGUAUGAGGAAAAUGAAAAUUCGUUCAAAAAGAAGAAGACAAAGCACGACUUUGGGAAGAAACAAAAGUUUCGGAAAAAUAAGUAGCAUUGAGCUAUUACGAACAUCAACCAUUUGUAAAAGUUGUAUACAAAUAAAAUGUUGAUUAUCCAUAAUAGA